CUCACCUAUCUGCUCUGGUCUCUUUUCCAUCAAACAAAACUGAUAAUGAUAAACCCUAAUAGCAUUUCUACAUUAGGGUUUUAGAGAUUCAAGACUGUAAACCACCAAUCAGCGCCUAAAUUGUAUUGGAGCUUUUUUGAGUAUAAGCAAAAGGGGGGACUGACUGGUGUCGACCUAUCCGCAGACUUCUGCUAUGAGAAAUGCUUGCAUCACUAGACUCCAAGUCAUUCACCAUAAAGCGGCACCACUUUAUCUUCGCAAAAGAAAAAAAUUCCAGUUCGACAAUUUUAGACCAUUUUCAACCUGCACAUCAGUAGCAUCCGAGUAUCUAGUCUACAACCCCCAAUGGUUGACUUUAACUAGCCAGUUGACCCCAUCAACUGCACCUGCCCAACGGUCCGAGGAAUGGUUUGCCCUUCGAAAGGAUAAGUUGACCACCAGCACCUUUAGCACGGCCCUUGGUUUAUGGAAAGGCAAACGCAGGUAUGAACUUUGGCAUGAAAAAGUAUUCCCUUUAGAUACAAAUUCAACUGUUUCAGCUGCUUCAAAACAUGCUAUGGAAUGGGGUGUCCUUCAUGAGUCAACCGCUAUUGAUAAGUACAAAACCAUCACGGGUCGUGAAGUAAGUUCACUAGGAUUUGCGACCCAUUCAGAAGAUAAAUUUGAUUGGAUCGGUGCAUCCCCUGAUGGGCUUCUUAGUAAUCUCCAAAAUCCCGGGAUUCUUGAAGUAAAAUGCCCUUUUAAUAAAGGAAAACCCGAGUUGGCUAUGCCUUGGACCACAAUGCCCUUUUAUUAUAUGCCUCAAAUUCAGGGUCAAAUGGAAGUUAUGGAUCGAGAUUGGGUUGAUUUGUAUUGCUGGACUUCAAAUGGGAGCACUAUUUUUCGGGUAAGUAGAGAUCAAGAGUAUUGGGAACUGAUACAUGGGGUGUUACGUGAAUUUUGGUGGGAGAAUGUGAUUCCGGCCAGAGAAGCAUUGUUGAUGGGGCAUGAGGAGGAAGCUAAGAAGUAUGAACCAACAUCAACUCAUAAGCUAACGGGAUUAGUGAUUCACAAGAGCUUAAAGCUGGCUCGUGAGUCAAAGCUUUUAUGUAGAGAAGUUGCUGGGCAUGUUGAAUUUAUGAGUUAACAUGCUAUCGCAAAACCAUGUAAUAGAUUGCAUCGACUCUUUUAUUCAAUAAUUAUGAUAAUCUUAAUUUCGUUUCUAGUA